CAUACUAAACUAUACAAAAAAUCAGAAGGCUGAAAAGCAUGCUAGGAACGCAAAAGAGGACCGAACCAUUCGUGAAGCCAUUUGAACGCGAAGCUCAUCAAUUGCAUAAGACAAUAUGGGAAUGGAGAGAAGAGGGCAGUAAAAGAAAACAAGUGGAGAAGGAAAGCAGUGAAAGGAAACAAGUGGGAAAAUAUGUCAAUGGGAGCAGCUUUUUAGAUUUGAACCUUAUGAGUGGAGAAGGAAGUACGAAGGCGGAAGGAAGGCAGUGAAAGGAAACAAGUGGGAAAAUAUGUCAGUGGGAACAGCUUUUUAGGUUUGAACCUUCCGAGUGGAGAAGGAACUAGGAAGGCAGAAGGUAGGCAGUGAAAGGAAAAAAGUGGGAAAAUAUGCAAGUGGGAACAGCUUUUUAGACUUUCAUGCCCUGUUUGAUUGAAAGGAAUUCUGCCAUAAAGAUUUUCAAAUGAG